CCUAGAUCCUCCAGACCGCUGGAGUCUACUGUGGAUUUUGCUGGCAGGCCUUCCUACAGUACCGUGUUAUACCUGACCAAGACCAAAGCCCGACGGAAGUUCGCCAAACGCCCGCGGGCCUUCCAGUCCUUUUCUGGACGGAACCUGUUGGCCGGCUGCUGUAAGCCCGAACAAGCACGCUAACGUCAAAUUUUCUCAAGUCAACAACCCUUUCUUGCCAAGCUGGCCUUGGACCAUGAGAGGGGGCUUUGGAUCCGAGGGCGGUGAAGUGAAGUCGAGCAAACGAAGUAAGUAAGUCCAUUUGCAUAGUCAGCAGAACAAGGCUGCCUACCUGGGACUCAGCCUUUCACGAUUUUGCUCUCCAACUUGGAUUCCGCGUUCGUGUUGUCUGCGCAGAGUAUCGUCCACGCCCAACGGGAUGAGUGUCUCUGCGUGCGCAAAUGACGACGCCUUUGGGCCAGCCGUCGAAGGUUGUAGAGGCAACUUCGAUUUUACUGUCGCCUUUGAGAAAAUCAUCCUCUCCAUCCUGCCCAGCGCCUGCUUCGUGAUACUUGCAGCGCUUCGGCUAGUCAGCCUGUCACGACAACCACACACAACAGCCAACAUCCUCCUCCGUAAUGUCAAAGUGGUCUUGCUUUCUGGCUUUUCCGCCACUCAGAUCGCAGUCCUGGUAGUUCUAGCCAAGCACCCCGAAACUGCUGCCCACUCUCUCUCGCUAGGGGCAGCCGCCAUUACAUUGCUUGCUUCAAUCCUUGCGAUUGGGCUGUCUUACCUCGAACAUUCUCGCUCGUUAAAGCCUUCUAUUCUUUUGGAGUCUUUUCUGUUUUCCACACUGCUCUUCGACAUUGUACAAGUCCGCACAAUCUGGCUCUCACACCAGAGAACUCUUGCCAUUGUCUUUACCGUUGCCGUCACCAUCAAAACCGUCAACUUUUGCUUAGAGGCCACCCCAAAGUCGCAAUUGAAGGACAAUCAGGAACGCAAAUGCAGCCCAGAAAUCACAAGCGGAAUUUUCAGUAUCGGCGUCUUCUCAUGGCUCAACUCGCUGCUCUUCCGUGGAUACCGCGGAACAAUCGCUACCGACGACCUUUACCCCCUCGAUGCAACCUUGAAAGCAAGACGACUUCACGACAAGCUCACAUCCACACGUCCGUUACAAGAUGCGACCGAUCAACAGAUACUAGAGUCAAUUCCUCUCAAGAACCUCUGCUGGGCACUACUGGGGCCCUUUCUGUAUCCAAUUCCAGCCCGCUUGCUUCUGCUCGCACUGAAGCUCUGCCAGCCAUUCUUCAUUGACGGCAUGUUGGAGUUUUUGGGGACCCCUGAAGAACUGCGCGACAAAAACCAUGGGUACGGUCUCAUUGCGGCUUCUAUACUCAUCUAUGCAGGCAUUGCCAUCUCCUCUGGAGUGUACCAGUAUUACAACCAGAGAUUUGUCUACAUGCUUCGUUCCACUCUCCACACUGCUAUCUUUCGAAAGACUACGGAGAUUAGCUUAGCAGCUGGCAAGGCAGAUACAGCCAUCACCCUCAUGAGCACUGAUCUUGAUCGUGUCGUAGCUGGCUUUCGAGUUAUCCAUGAAAUGUGGGCAAUUACCUCGCAGGUAGCCAUUGGUUGCUUUCUCCUGCAACGUCAAGUUGGAGUUUCAUUCGUCUCUCCCAUUGCCGUCAUCGCCGUAUGCUGCGUAUUGACGACGGCAUUAGGCAAACCCAUUGAUAAACGCCUGGGGUCUUGGAUGGGCCAGAUUGAGCAGCGUGUUAGCGCGACUGCCACAACAGUUGCAAAGAUGAAGUCGUAUAAGAUCUCAGGUCUUGCCGAGGUCAUGGGCUCCAUCAUUCAAAGCCUUCGAGAAAAGGAGAUCCGUAUUGGUCUACGGUUUCGCUGGCUUAUCAUCUGCACCAUUACGCUUGGCGCCGUGCCUUCGGCUUUCUCCCCACUGAUCACUUUCGCUGUCACUUCUACCUCCAGAUUAAAUGUGUCAACCAUCUUCACGUCCUACUCGUACAUCGUUCUCAUCACGCUCCCGUUCACAAUCAUUUUUAACAAUGUUCCAAUUGUCAUUGCGGCUUUUACCUGCAUUGGGCGCAUUCGAAGCUUUCUCGUUUCAGAUCCAAGGGUUGAUUUUCGAUCGUGGGCGUCUGAAGCUGGCGCAACAGGGAGUGCAGACCGCUCACAGGGAGAAAAGGAAAGCGGCUUGGCUUUCAAAGUUGAAGAUGGAACUUUUGGAUGGACGCCCGACAAAUCAGUUUUGACCAACAUGAGCUGCGAAAUUCCGCUAAAAGCUUUGACCAUUAUCAUCGGUCCCAUUGCUUCAGGCAAGUCGACGUUGUGCAAGGUUCUGCUCGGCGAGAUUCCCGUUCAUUCUGGUAAAGUCUCUGUUUUUCUACCCCGCGGCAGCAGCAUCGGCUACUGCCAACAAGAGCCCUUUCUCUACAACGAUACUCUCAAGCACAACAUCGUUGGUCGUUCAGACUUCAACCAGAAGAAAUAUGACGAAAUCAUUGCAGCGACACUCCUAGACGUUGACAUUCGCGCUCUUGAGCGUGGUAGCGACACAAUGAUGGGAAGCAGUGGCUCCACCUUGAGUGGAGGUCAGAAGCAACGUGUGGCCAUAGCCAGAGCGCUCUACUCCGAGGCUAAGACUCUCAUCUUUGAUGAUGUAAUGAGCGGACUGGAUGCGAGCACAGCUUCGAAGCUGUUUCAGCGUGUCUUUGGACCCGGCGGCUUCGUUAGAAGAAACGGCAUUACCGCAGUGCUCUGUACCCAUGCUGUCGGCCAUCUGCCUGCAGCGGACCAUGUUAUUGUCCUUGGAGCCGACGGUGCCAAGGCUGACCAAGGGCAUUUCGAGCAACUUGUUGAAAGUAACGAGUACGUUCAAAAACUUGAUAUCAAGACGACCGUCACUGAGGUCCAAGAGUCAUUGGUGUUAGAGACAAGUGCUUCAGAGCUAAGCGUUCCAAAGCCAAAGUUGCUGGAAGAUUCCAUCGCCGAGUCACCAAGCUCAGACAAAGGAUCUCCAGACAGCUCAACUCGUGGAAUGGGCGACUGGGCCGUGUAUAAACAUUGGUUUAAAAGCGUCCGUCCAUUCUCAACAGUCUCAUUGGCUCUCUGGGCUCUGAUCCAUGGAUUUAGCUCCAAUUUUGGUGUCAUCUGGUUGAACUAUUGGUCUCAAGAUUCCUUCGGCCGUGAGCGAGGCUUCUACAUUGGAAUAUAUGCACUGCUCCAGUCCAUGUUUCUUAUCUCGUGGAUUCUUAGCGCAAUUGAGAUCUUCAUCUCCAUGACCACGUGGGCUGGAGCUGCCUUGCACAAGGAAGCUUUGCAGACUGUCGUCACUGCUCCCCUAAGAUAUCUCACGACUACGGACGUUGGCGUCAUUACCAAUCAUUUCUCCCAAGAUCUCACUUUGAUCGACGGCGAGCUGUUAUUUGCUUUCUUCUCUGUUGCCCUCACUUUGACAGAGUCUUUUGGGAUGAUGAUUGUCAUUGCAACGGCCGCCCCAUAUCUCGCCAUUGGAUUUCCCUUUUUAUUUGCGACAUUGUACGUCGUGCAGCGAUUCUACCUCAAGACUUCGAGGCAAAUGCGACUUCUCGACCUGGAAGCUAAAAGUCCUCUCUAUACUCAUUUUCUCGACACUACAAAAGGAAUUGCCACUGUUCGCGCCUUUGGGUGGACUCCAUACGACAUUGACCACAACGAUAAUCUGCUUGACAGUGCUCAACAGCCAGCUUAUUUGCUGGCUAUGAUUCAACAAUGGCUUCGCGUGGUCAUGCAGCUUAUUGUGGCUGGCUUGGCACUUCUGCUCGUCUCCUUAGCUACACAGCUUGGAUCCAACGUGGGCCUGGCAGGAACGAGCUUGGUUAGCCUGCUGUCAUUCGGCUCCUCACUUUCCGAGCUCGUGCAAAACUAUACGGACCUGGAAACCUGUAUCGGGGCUGUGAGUCGUUUGAAGACGUUCUCGGCCUCGGUAACCCCUGAGGAUAGGCUAUCUGACAACCUCGAGCCUCCUGAAUCCUGGCCAACUAGUGGAGCCGUUGAGUUGAAGCACGUGUCUGCUUCGUAUUCUUCAGACGACGUGGGCUCCAUCGCACCGUCCGAGUCAUCUCAACGCACUGUGGACUUGGUCCUGCAUGAUGUGAGCCUAAGCAUCCUGCCGGGACAAAAGGUUGCCGUAUGUGGUCGGACUGGAAGUGGCAAAUCCACGCUAAUGCUCCUACUCCUUCGUCUCCUCGACCCACUCAACAAUACGUCGAUGACAUUAACGAUCGAUCAAGUACCUCUCUGCGAAGUAAAACGUGGUACACUUCGACAGAGAGUCAUAGCUUUGUCCCAGGAAGCCACUUUCUUACCCGAUGGAAACACCAUCAGGCAGAACAUUGACCCACGCUCCGAAGCCACCGACGCAGCAUGUCUGUCCGUCCUUGAUGUCGUCGGCCUUGCCAAGUUUGUCAGUGGCCGAGGGGGGCUAGAUGCUUCCAUGAAGGCCGAUGAUCUAAGCAUGGGCGAGAGGCAAUUAUUUUGUCUCGGGCGCGCCAUCUUACGGAAAAGGAUCAAAGAUCAGAAGACCGACCAAGAAAAGGCUGGGGGCGUGUUACUGCUUGAUGAGGUGAGCAGUAGCGUCGAUCACGACACCGAUCGCCGCCUUCAGGAGAUUAUCAAGGCUGAGUUUGAGAAUUAUACGGUGAUUGCGGUGUCACAUCGCCUGCAAACAGUCGUCGACUACUCUGACCGUGUGUUCGUUCUGGAUGGGGGUAGACUAGUUGAAUCGGGCACUCCGCAAGCGUUGAUUGCGACUCCAGGGUCAUACUUCGGAGAAUUGUGGAAGAACGACGGUGUCAAAUCUUCCACGGACAAUACUGAGACGAAUUCGGCCACAGGAGUGGUGGAGUAAUGGAACGAGAACGAGAACGAGCCCAUACAACCAGCCAGCAAGCUUGGGUGUCACAAGGACCGCGGUAGUUAGAAACCCUGAAACGUGGGUCAAUUGCUAGACCGAUUUUUCGUAUUGCCAAGUGUUCAACCAGUUGCCAUUCCAAUAGAAACCUCCAUAGCAGAUUGUGCAAUUCAACUCAAAGAUAAGCGGGUCCUG